UCUGCAUACUUUAGAGCAUCUGAGCGACUCCCAUUUGAGGAGGUGGGUGUAUCCAGCCCAGCCGCUCUGAUGUUAGGAAGAAGGAACUUUUCCAUCCUACUCAGUCUGCUCUCUACUCUCCCUGCUCUCCUGUUUCAGUCAGUCUGUCUGCCCUCAAGCGUAGUACUCUCCUUUCACUCACCACUAUUCAUCACCAUCCAGGAUACAUUUACACAAACCCACGCAGGUAGACAGAAUACCGUCCUAGUGAACUGAAGAGUUUGGCUGAUAGAUACAGAUAUAUGUACAUUACCUUGGAAAGAGCUAAAAAGUGGAGAUCUGUAACAGUGCUGUUGAAGCUGAAGUUUUCUCCCCACUACAUUUUUUUGUCCCAAAGGAUACCACACGCAGCUGCAGAGGCUGCCAGCUCCAACUGUAGCAAACACAAGUCAAUGACUGAGAACUCCUCCUCCCAUGAUGGACAAGAAAAGUGCCAACGGCUUUCAGACCAAAGCCAGUGAGGGCAGUGUUCAGAGGAAGCAGCUGCCCUACUCUGUGGAAACUCCCUAUGGCUUCCACCUGGACCUGGACUUCCUCAAGUAUGUUGACGACAUUGAAAAAGGCAACACUAUUAAAAGGGUCCACAUUCAGCGCAGGGUCAAGGGCCCAGCCAAAUUCAGUACGCUUCCCAGAAAUUUCAGCCUUCCUGGGCAUGGGGCCAGGCCUGCCCCUAAGGACAGCACAUGGUCUGGGACGUCCACCCUAGGGCCCAAGCCUAAAUCACGGGUGACAGAGGUCCAACAGAUCUUCGACUUCAGGGCAAGUGAAGGGGGAACUUCCAGCCAGAGCAGCAGGGGGACAACCAGUCAGGGAGCUGGCUACAUUUCAGCAAAGCCCAGAGAUGAAGUAGGAGCUGGGGCUCGGGCUGUUGAAGAGACCACUGUAGGGAUUCAAAGUCGUCCGAACCUGCUGCGAGCAUCAAGCAUGCCCAUCACCCUACAGCAGCGGAAAGGUUCUGAUUCAAGCAGUCCAGACUGUACCAUGGGAACACCGGAGAGUGGCUCAGCAGAGAACGUGUUCCGUCCUUCACCGGACAUAACAGAGAGACGGUGUGUUCCUCAGGAUCGGACAGGGCUUCACCAGCAGAUCACAGUGGCACUGAAGCGGGUCAGAGAGCUGGAAGAGCAGGUCAAAACCAUUCCAGAACUAAAGGCACAGAUCUGCUCACUGAGGAAGGAAAGGGAGAAGCUACUGCUUCAGGUCCAGGCCCAAGCCCAGGACCAGGUUUCCACAUUAUCCUCUACAAUAGCACCGUAUUCUGAUUCCGCGACAUGCACUCAGCCACAAGGUCACAGACCAACAGAAGGGCUCAACUUAGCUUUGAUGAAUCAACCCACUGGAGGUUUAGACGCUUCAGAGCGAGUGCCAACAAAGCUGGGAACAGGGAAAGUGAAACAAGGUGUUACAGAGAAAAGUAAAGUGUUACAAAAAGAGAGGGCGAUAAAUCAGGAAUCUUUGAAGAGUUCCUUAGCACAUGGAGAAGUGGGUUGGUUGUCAGAGCAAGAAUCGUUGAGACAAACACAGCUGUCAGAAAAAUCAGAUAAACAAAAAGAGAGUCCACUGGAGCAAGCAGUGCAAAAGCUAUCACGGGACAUUGCAGGACAGGAAUUAACAUCACUUAGGGUGGCUUUAAAAGAUGCAGAGACUAGCAGUAUUCAAGAUGGUGAUGCAGCAAAAGAAGGAAAACUUGACCCAGACAGUAUGCAGAAUCUGCAGGAGAAGCUAAUGAUACUGGAGGCUAAACUUACUCAAGCUACCCAAGACCUGGAGAGAACUAAUACUCUUUUGAAAGAACAAAUAGAUAAGAACAAGGAAAAAGAGGAGCAAAUACUACAAUUGAGUGAUGGAGUGAGAGUGGAGGUGUGUACAUCAGAAGCACACAGCAGGCCAAGAAGAGAGAGUAUUGACACAGGGACAGAGACAGAGAAAGUAGAUUUUGCAAACCGAGAGACAGAGACAGAACCGCCUGGGACAGUAGAUCAGGGAACAGAUACAGAUAGAAUCUGCAUUGAAGUGUAUUCAUCCAAACCAAGGGCUGGAAGUAUAGAUCAAGGAGCAGAGACUGAUAAAGUUGACACAAACAAACAGGUGACAGAGGUGGAGACAGAAGUAGCUGCUGUGAGCCCACCAAGAGCCAGAGCCAACAGCAUGGAACGUGGCACAGUAACAGAGAGGAUCGCCACACAGGAUCAGAUGACCGAGACACCUGUAGCAGAAAGGGUAAACCAAGUCACAGAAACAGAGGGAGAGACAGCAACAGACCAUCCGCAGAGACGGAGGGCCAGCAGUGUAGACCGUGGGACGGUGACAGAGAGAGUGGACACUGUGGACAGGGUGACAGAGACAGUGGAAGCACAGAGGACAGACCAGCAGACUGAGACAGAGAUUGAAAGACGAGAGGAUAACAAUCCAGCCAGAGGUACAGAAGCAAGAGAAAGUGCAGGCAGUGAAGGAGUAGAGGAUGUUGGUACUGUGGUCAGUGAAAGAGUGGAAGAUAAGAAAGCAAAUGAAAGACUUCAAAGAGACAGUGAAAGUGUGGUUGUAAAAGUUGUCACAGAGAGUUCAGUUACUGCUAUAGAAAGCAGGGUUGAACAAACUGUAGUUUCAGAUAUUGUAAGCCAGGAUGAAGGUGGUGCCAGUCCACUUGUUGCAGAAGGAGAAAAUACAGAAUCUGACAUUGUAACAGUCACAGCACAGAAUGACUCAGAAACAAAAGAAAUUGAACCCCCAAAGAGUGAAUUAACAAAAUUUGUUGAAACACAGCAGAUUGCACUGGAGACUGUAAAGAAGAAACAAACAGCAGAAGGUAUGAUAGUUUGUGCAACAAUCAAAGAAACUGUGGUCACUGACACAGUUGUUGUAGUAGUAGCAGCAGCAGCAGAGAAUGCAGCUGUGAAGACAGUAGCUCCUGUGCGACCCUCGAGAGGCCGGAAGCUCUCAGCAGAGCAGGUCCAGCCAAUACCUCCUCAACUUCAGGCUGCACAUGUGCGUCCUCGAAGGGGAUCCAGUGAAACUCAACCCCAGCCGUCCCAGCACCAGACAAAAACCCAGCCCCAGGUGCAGGUACAGGAUCCACCUCAGCUCGAGGCCCAAACCCCAACACAGCUCUCUGAACCACAGUUAAAACACCAAGCCCCAUCUCCGUCUGAGGUUGAAGACCACGCCCUAGCAAAAAGGCAUCCGGUGGAGUCUAGUGAGAAACAAUCUCAAUCACAACCUCAGACUGAGACCCAAGCCUCGCUUCCAGGCUCCAGUGAAGUCCAAACCCGUCCUAAAUCAAUUAAAGCACAGUCUCAAUCCAUUGCAACUCAACGGGACUCCAAAGAGCUUAAAGCACCACAGAGGGGGUCCAGUGUAUCACAACCUCCUAGUCGUGGAUCAGGAGAAGCCCAGACCCGCCCAGCUCGCCAGGGGUCAUGUGACCCCCAACCUCAGUCUCAGGGCUCUCGUAGAAGUUCCAGUGAGACUCAACCCCUUCAGAAAGAUGCCAGCGAGACACAAUCACUGCGCAGAGGCUCCAGCGAAACAGCCCAGCGUCGUGGUUCAAGUGAAGCCCAGGCCUCACGUCGGGACGCUGGCGAUGCACAGCCUCCACGCAGAGGCUCCGGAGAGUCACCAACAUCGCCUGCAGCUUUGGGCCAAGUCGUAACCCGGUUAACAGGGCUUCUGGGCGAGCAGUGGGCACAGCUGGGGAGCAGCUCUGGAACUCAACAGACGGCCAGCCAGCAGGAAAGCCCCAGCACACAGAAACAGACGGCAGGGAAAAGAGCAGAGGCAGGAAAAAGAGCCGAGACAGGGAAAGGAGCAUCAGCCAAGCCUGUAGGGAAGGCAGUCCCUGCAGCAACAACAAGGAAACCAGCAGGGAAGCCUGGUCCUUCCAAAAUGAGCUCUAUUCAAAGUCAGCUGGUCAGCUCCCUCAGUGUCCUCUCUGCUUUCUACUCACCAGGCCAGAAAGCUGCUGCUGCCAGCAAACAACAAGAACAAGGUCUCAAAUCUAUUAUGAAGAAAAAUGGUGUUGCUGACAAGCAGGGGAACAAGGGAGCCAAGAAAAACCUGAAGUUUGUCGGGGUGAAUGGAGGCUAUGAGUCGACAUCCAGCGAGGAGUGCAGUGGAGAUGAGAAGUCGAAAGUGGAGAUGGAAGAGGAAGACAGCUCAGAACCAGAGGUAGAGAAGGAAAAUGAGACGGAGCCUCAGCCAGCAGAGAAGCCUGAGGAGGGAGCAGAGAUUCAGCAGAAGGAUGCAGAGAAGGGUGCUGAGGAAGGAGGUGCUGUGGCUGCAGAGAAGGAGGGUGAAAGAGGCCUACUGGAUCCAGAAGGCAGCCAGGAGCUCCUGGAAGAACAGGCUGAAGGGGAGAAAGUUAACCAGGGGUUUAUAGAUGCCUGCCUCUAUGUAAAAGACCGCAUGGAAGAGGUUUCAUCCCCAGAUAAAGAAAUGCGUCAGGUUUUAGUGGUGCUCUACCAGGAGUGGUUCAAGAUCUCCAGUCAGAAAGACUCGCAGGCCGAUACCGUCAGAUUAUACCUGCGACAAGUGGGCUUGACCACACCCACUCUCCUGCCAUACGUAGUUAACUUGACAGACGGCAACGGGAAUAUGGCCCUACACUACAGUGUGUCGCAUUCAAACUUCCCUGUGGUCAAACUACUGCUGGAUACUGGUCUUUGUGAGACAGACAAUGUGAACAAGGCAGGCUACACUCCAGUGAUGCUCGCUGCACUGACAGCUGCAGAGAGCUCUGAUGACCUGGAGGUGGCACAACAACUUUUAAAGCUGGGUGACGUCAAUGCGUGCUCCAGACAGGCGGGCCAGACGGCACUCAUGCUUGCGGUCAGCCACGGCCGUGUUGCCAUGGUGAAGCUGCUCCUGAGCUGCGGUACGGAUGUAAAUGCACAGGACCGCGAGGGAUCCACAGCCCUGAUGUGUGCCAGCGAACAUGGACACACAAACAUUGUUCAUAUGCUGCUGGAGACAGGUUGCUGUGACACCAGCCUCAUAGAUAAGAAUGGACAGACAGCGCUGUCUGUGGCAGAGGGAGCCUCCCACCAAGAAAUAGUUGACCUUCUGAAGGCCCACGCUGAGACCCAGGCCUCUGAGCCCGAAUCUACCACAGACCACCUCUGAGCCAGACUGACCCUGUUUACCUCUCCAAAUCACUCUAGCUAGCCGACCCCCAGCCCUUUAAUUUCCAAGACCCUUCUGCCUACCAACAAAGAGGGUAAAGGUUGAAUUAAAGUAAUGGUGACACCAAACAAGACUCUGUAUGACCAGUGGAAAAAGAGGAUAAGCUCUGUUUACGUGGAACUACAUAUACACCUCUGAGACUGGAGUGUCCAGCAAUGUACGGCCACAUUGUACUUCCACAUCUCUGCCAACAUGCCCCGUGGGUGUUGGAUAUGCUGCAUUAACCACUCAGUGGACAGACAACAAAGGGCCAGUCAAAUUGAUGAUAACACGUUGCCAUAGUGACAAGUGUAAUUGACAGGAUAUUACGUAGGGCACAGGGUGGGAAUAUAAAGAGGGACUUGCAAGUGGACGAAGAGAUACUCUGACGAACUGCUGCUUCUUGUCAUCAACUAGCUCUUCAAGCAAAAUACUAAGCACAUGAUCUACCUUUCAAAUAUACAAUAUAUAUGACAUUAUUUCUAUUUUUUUCUUCAUGACAUUGACACCAUUCUUUUCAUAUUUGGACAUAAGCCAUUAUUGAGAACAUAGUAUAUGUAGAACGUUAUUAUAACAUUAUAAUCAUAAACAAACACAGAAACUGUAUUUUCUACUGCACUUUUUUAUGGUGUUUGUGUACAGUAAAUAUUUCUCUCCAAUAUCGGUGUCCACAAGAAGCUAUAUAUCUCCAAAAGUGUGAAUUAUGAAAAUGUAAUAAUAGAAUAGAACUUCUGUAUUAAAAUUCCCAUCAUGCAGUGGAUAUUUGACAAUAUUUAAUGUAUUGUUUUUGCCAUAGUAAUGAUGUUUUUCCACAAACGGGACAUGGGUGAUCAUCAUAUGUGAAUUAUUGAAAACAAAUGGUUUCGUUGGAGAUAAAAUGUUUCUGUUGGACAAAAAAGAAAAGAUUUUUAUAACCACAAUAUAACCAGAUUAAAGAAAGACAAAAGUAUUCUAAUACGGAGAUUGUACUGUUCAGAAGGUGCUGCAUG